AUGGAUGCCUCGGCGCCCAACAAUGUUGACGACUACUCACCUUCUUCAACCGUCAUCGAAUUCGACCGCCCCGUUCCCUUGCUCCGGGGACCACUACCGGCGGGUCCAUCCGACGACCCGUCGGCGGGACACUACGUGCUGGCCUUUAGGGACUCGCGCGCGUGGGCGUCUUCGUUCGUCGCCUGUGAGCGCAAAAUCGUUGAGCAGUGCGAGGAGGGGGCGAGGAUCGGUUGCGCUGUGAGCGCUUCCAGGAACUGUAAGCCUACGUGGUGGAAGGCUCUGGUGGGUCCCACGCUCUCCGAUCUGAAGGAGCGGGAGCAGUGCGAAGUGCGUGAGAUGGCGGAUUGUUUAGCGGCGGCUAAGCAGAAGUGUGUUGGCUUCGCCAGGGACAAGUGUUUGGUUCCCUUUAAGGAUGCGAGGAUUAGGGUUGAGGAAGGGGUUUUGAGAUCCAAGGAUAUUGGAAAGUUGAUUGGUUGGACAUCGAUGCCUGAGAGUGAGAGGAGCUUGUGGUUGAUGAAUCAAAUAGGUCUGCUUGGUGGUGGUGAUUUGGGAGUGACCAGUUUCAGGGCUAGUGAGUUGCUGCCAUUUGAUAAUUAUGUGCAAUGCAUUUUGGGUGAGCGGAAACAAGGCACCGAAAACUAA